UGCAGUCUUCAAAACCCCACUACUUGUUUCAUUCAAACACACUCAUCCAUCAUCUCAUCUUCAAGAACCCACCACUUAUUUUUCUUCUACCUUCACUUCACUAUAUAUAUUUUUUGCUACUCUACCUCCCAUUUACAUAUAAUCAAUUAUAAGAAUGUCAAGCAGAAGAUCCAGAUCUAGGCAAUCAGGCAGUUCAAGGAUCACCGAUGACCAAAUUAACGAUCUCGUCUCCAAGUUGCAGCAACUCCUCCCCGAGAUUCGCCACAGGCAAUCCGACAAGGUUUCGGCCGCGAAUGUGUUGCAAGAGACAUGUAACUACAUAAGAAGCCUGCAUAGAGAGGUUGAUGAUCUAAGUGAGAGACUUUCAGAGUUGUUGGCCACGUCUGAUACUGCUCAAGCUGCCAUUAUUAGGAGUUUAUUGAUGCAAUAGAGAUCAUAUAUUUAUAUAAUUAAGUGUUGUAGCUAUAUGAGACAACCUUAAUUAAUUUGGCUAAUUUUGAGGUUUUUUUUUUUCUUUUUUUGCUAUGUCUGGUACCUCCACCGAUUCUGACGUAGUUGCUUGCUUGCUCUUUCAAAUGCCACUCUCUGAUCUUAGAGAGGCACUCCCAUAAAUCGUUUUAUAAAAUUAAUUAAGGCCUUUUUUGUUCAUCAAUAAAAUUAUUCCAUU